UAGUAGGUCCACUAAAUACACGCCCGCCUAGUGUUUAGCUAGGUUGGUACAAAGAAAGAAAAAAUCCUCAACGCAUACUGUUGCAACUCAGCCCGGACCGGCAGGCCUCAACAGUGUCAACUCAGCCGUAUUCACUGCCCCACCGGCGGCGCGGUUGCGUGUCGUCUCCUCCGCUUUCCGCCUUGUCCCAGCGCUUUCCUGGCUCACGCUGCCCAGUUUUAGACUUUCGCACCACGCCUCGACACUUUCCCAACUCCACCUCCUCCCUCCACACACAUGCAAGCAAGCUUCGAGCCGGCUUUCCCACCUCUCCCAAGUCUGCUUUUUCCUCUUUUUACUUCUUUUUUGCCCUUUUUGUCCGUUGCCCUUUUGCACCUAAAGAAAAAAAUUUCCUGCUUUUGGUUUUUUUUUUUUUUUCUGUUCCUUCCUAUCCAACCUGGUUUUUGUUCCCCGCUAGGUUUUUUUCUUGAUCGUGCUCCUAUCCCGGCGUUCUUCUUUCGUUCGUCAAUUGCAGCUCGCGACAGCAUCCUUUCCGUUGAUUUUCCGUCUGCCGAGUUGUCACUUCCCGCGCGCCCGCAAAAACGCAUCGUUGCUUACAAUUCGCUGCGUUCUACCGUCCGCUCCUGGCCCUCCGCGACCCCCUGCCCCACGUACGUUGCAAGGCCACGCAAAGAAAAUUUUCCCCUUGGAACAUUCUGCGAUCGCGCGCGCGUCAUAGCUCCCAAGCUUUUUCGAAAAAAGAACACCACUCUUUUUUUCUGAUUUUCCCCUCUUCCGACAAACAAAAAACCCACAACUCGCAAAGUCGAGUCCAUCCGACCUAAUACCCUCUUUGCGCGCUUGCUUGGUCCUUUGCGUUGCGGAAUCGGCGUUUCGGAUCUCUUUGCAACUUUCUGUACUUUCGGGAAAAUACUUAGGAUACCCGAAGUUUACUUCUCCGCGAUUUCACGGGUUCGCCUUCUAGAUCGCGAAUAGGGAUACUUGAGGCCUCUUUGCUUUCGUAUUAGCAGAUUUUUCCAUCUCCAACUCCAUCCGAGAUGUCGACUUUUCCUCCUCCCACCCCACAGGGAAACGGCCAUGCUGGUGACAAUGGCAACGCCAUGAACGGCUCCGGUGCUCAGAUGGAAGGCAACUUCCAGACCCCUCCCGUCGUCCCCCAGGGCAACGACAGUGCCAAGACCCUCUGGAUGGGUGAAUUGGAGCCUUGGAUGGACGAGAACUUUAUUAAGCAGAUCUGGUCGACCGUCUGCGGUGAGACUGUUAAUGUCAAGGUCAUCCGCGAUCGCCAGUCCGGCAACGCUGGUUACUGCUUUGUCGAGUUCCCCUCCUCUGAAGCCGCUACUAAGGCUCUGGGACUUAACGGGUCACCAGUGCCGAACUCACAGCGCGUCUUCAAGCUCAACUGGGCUAGCGGUGGUGGUCUCGUGGACCGUCGUGACGAGCGCGGCCCGGAGUACUCUAUUUUCGUCGGCGAUCUCGGUCCCGAGGUAAACGAGUUUGUUCUCGUUUCGUUGUUCCAGGCUCGUUUCCCAAGCUGCAAGUCCGCCAAGAUCAUGACGGACGCUAUGACCGGCCAGUCUCGCGGUUAUGGCUUCGUUCGCUUUACGGAUGAGUCGGAUCAGCAACGUGCUCUCGUGGAGAUGCAGGGCGUUUACUGCGGCAACCGCCCCAUGCGUAUUUCCACUGCCACCCCAAAGACACGUUCUCAUCAGCAAUAUGGCAACCAGGGUCCUCAUGGAGCGGGCCCGAUGAACAUGACGCCGCCCGCUCAGAACAUGCAGUGGGGUAUGAACCCCUACGGGUACCAGCAACCGCAGGCGCCUCCUCCCAACACGGCGUUCAACAACCCCAUGCAGCCAAUGAACCAGUUCACAGACCCAAACAAUACGACAGUCUUCGUCGGUGGCCUUAGUGGUUAUGUCACCGAGGAUGAACUGCGCUCUUUCUUCCAGGGCUUUGGUGAUAUCACCUAUGUCAAGAUCCCUCCUGGAAAGGGCUGCGGCUUCGUUCAGUUCGUUCAUCGCCACGCUGCUGAGAUGGCCAUCAACCAGAUGCAGGGUUACCCCAUUGGUAACUCUCGCGUUCGUCUGUCGUGGGGCCGUUCGCAGAACAACUCCGGCGUAGGUACUCCCUACCGUCCUGCUCCUCCUCCUCCGCACUGGGGUGGCGGCAUGCCGCCUCACGGUGGCCCGGCCGGCCCUGGUGCUCCUUUCGGCGGUCCUUUCGGCGGCAACCCGCCUCCUCCUCCUGGCGGUCUUCAGUAAACAUAUUGCUAUUCACCAUGUCCCGCGAAUGAUUUCCUCGUCAUAGCAAUGGCGUUCGGUGGGACUUCUACUACUCAAGGAAAACGGCGUCCAGGAAGGGAGCGAUUUUUUGACAUGAACCAUGAUUUUACUCAUGAACUUGUUUUCAACUCUCUUUUCAUGAUGGCCUUUCGCAUUCAUUUCAACUUUACACCAAACGGAUUUCCUUUCUCUCGACUGCAACGAUCACAAACCAUCAACGAACCCCUCUCUGCCUGCUUCACUGGUUUUCUAAACCUCUGAAGGUCUCUCAUGGCCUCACUACCACCACUCUGCCAACAUUGAACAGGCACGCCUAUAUCCUGUGCAAUGAAACGUGCCAUGUUGGUCUCGAAUGAAAUGAGUGGUACCGGUUCCCGACUAUACUGCGGACUUCUUUAUUUGAUGGAGGAGCUGUACACAUGGGUUGAGACAUUGGUGGCAUCUACAACUGGCGAUCACGCAAUAUUCCCUUUCUCGGUCUUGAUCUUUGUUUUUCCUUUUUCUCCCAUUGCUGUUUUUACUCAAAAUGCCAAGUCUUGGGCCAGAAGCUGCCGCUUAUGGCACUGGAAAAAGAAACGCAAGGAACAUACACCCUUUCUGUCUACAUCAGAGCUUUCUUUACCCUCUUCCGGAUUGAUCUUUCGUUCAUAGCCCCUUUGUUGACGGCGUUGGUCUUCACUUGAGUUUGUGCUUGAUCGUUUUAUUUGAUAGGAAGCUUUGUUUUGUUCUUCGUUUUCUGCGGUCGCAUUUCUGCCUGAUUCCUCAACUUCGAACAAAAGCCUUUGACUUGGUCUUUUUGUCUUGUUUGCGUGAUGAUCCUUCUCUGUGCGCGCGAGUUUUGAUGCCGUUUUCCGGCUUCAACGUCACAUACCCUUCGGAUGUAACUCGCCUCUUCGAGCAAGGGCUGUGGAGGGCUCUAGUUAGUCCACCACAGCUCAUCGAUGACCCGGCGUUAUUGCAUUCUACUUUGUAUUUGUGCGCGCCCAAACUUUGAUGUGAUUUCCUCAAUGUCUUAUUAUGUGCGGCUUUGCUGUCCCUACUGAUAACAGUUAUGGCUUUCAUUUAGUCGAACGGCUUUGGCGACGCAGGAGCGAGCAAUUAUCGGCGAAGAUUCCCUAACUUUGGCCUUGUUUAGCAGGAGAAAAGCUCUGGUUCUUUUUGGCAAGGGGCGUUCAGUCUUCACCUUUUGGAGGGCUUGGCCUUUCCUUCAUUCGUUGUCUUUUUUUUCACAUUCUAAGGGUAGGAAAUUUGCUGUAAUGUUGAUCGGAUCUCCAUUCGAGCAGUAUUAUGUGUUUUGUUCGGGUGGUUCUUUGUCUUUAUUGUAUCGGGUGGCGUUCUUGAACUCAAAAUUGCUGGGUGGACUUUUUGUUCAUGUCAUUUGGAUCUUGUUGUGAAGAUAGGGCGUUUACACUCCUUUUUAACAUGGCAUGGCUUUUCACCUUUCUUUUUAUUCCCCGAUAUCGACUCUCUUGCCUGCGAGCCUGUUGAUUUGAAGAGGCGAUGUGACGAGGAAGGUGUCUGUCAGAGUCCUGUAGGAAAAGAGCACGUUAGCUUGUUUUGUUUCCCAAGUCACUUCCAAAAGUUUAGAUUGUGUUAUGAGGAGUGAUUUUGGGUUCUGGGUCAUGCUCGGCGGCGAUCUGUGUAUGCCAAUAAGAAUUUGGUCAAAUUGUUUAGCAGGAAAGGUGUUGGGAUAUGACAAAAGUUGAUGCUUGGUCUUGUCACAGAUUAGUUUGUAGAACUUACCGUACUGAUAGCCCCUGAUAUGUUUGCUUUCUUGGCUCGUAGUUGUUAGCAUUGAUAUGAUACUUGUUCUUGAUCG